GAAAUUUACCGAUAGAGGUCCGCCAUGGGUGCCCAGUAUGUUUGUAAACUGGGUUUUUCAAUAAUUUUGCGAAAAUACUGAUAUUUGUCGCGAAUAUAAUUUGUUUUUAGGGAGACUCUAUGCACAUCUGUGGUAUAGUCUAUAUUAUACAGAAGAUCUGAGUGUUGUGGGUCCUGUGAAACUCAUAUUUUUUCCGAGGCGAUAGGGGUUAGGUUACCCUUGCGGCCUUAUUGUAAACGUAAUAUGGUACCUAUAAUGAAGAAAUUAAGUGAACAUGUUUCUGUGUAUUCCUUGCCGUGAAUAUUAAGCAAGUUCAUUUUUAUGUACACUCAGUAUAGUGAAAUGAGCAUUUUAAUUAAUAUCUGGUUAUCUGGAUGUUGAUUUCUAACUGGAUCCAAUGAUGCAAAGCCUGGAGGCUGCAUGUGAGGAGGCCGAACGAUCAGUUAAAAGGUUCAAGCCAAACAGGUCCUUCUUACCUCUGCGGCCCCAGGAUCCAUCAUCAUCUGCAUCAACAUCUGCAACUGCAUCAACAUCUGCAACUGCAUCAACAUCACAAGAUAUCACAGAAAACCCAUGUGGGAAACCUCCAUUCGAUAUUUUUGCCAAAUUAUUAGAAUUGUAUCAAGAGGAAAAUGAAGAGGAAGAGGAGUCGGAAGAUGCUCCGAAUCUGAAGUACACGACUCUUCUGCUGGAGAAACUCGUGGCGCAAGAAAGACUGAACACAUUGAUCGUAAAUCUCUAUCCUGGCAACAAAGGCUAUUCCUUGGCUUUCAGACUGUUGUCCAGCAACUCGGACGGUGACACUGCCAAUAUGAUAGAAACCGAACAGUGGCCUUACGAGGAGGACAACCUCCUUCGAUAUAUCGAUAAUGAAGAACUUCCACCUACCAUUAUAGACUUGAUAGAAAAUGAAUUUAGUUACCUCUUUUACAAUGGAUGCAUCAUAGCGGAAGUCAGGGACUAUCGUCAAGCUUAUCCCCAUUUCAAGUGUGAUAUUCAUCAUGUUUUGCUCAGGCCUACGCAGAGGAGUAUCAUGGCGGACAUCAACACCCUCGCCGACGACAAACCCGAGUGGGGCGGCGAUGAGAAGGACCAGCUCGAGAGCCGGCUGCUGAUGGCCAACGCGCCGACGCUCUGCCUCGACCCCGACGCGUCGACGUCGCGACGGCUGACGGCGCUGCACAACCGGAAGGCGAUGUGGAACACGCACAGGUACCGGCGCAUGGCGCGGAAGUUCUCGCAGGUGACUGUGAACCGGAAGCGGAAACUGGACCAGUUCACGCACAGGCCCGGAUUGGAGCUGUACGAGUUCUUGUGUCGGAACCAGAAUAAACCAAAGAUAGGUGCUUCGGCGAUCUCGCUCUCCAAACCGCCGAAGAAACCGCCCGUCGCCGACGAAGCUGCCCCCACCCCCGUGCCAGUCCCGAACCUAGACCCGCCCCUCAUCCUUCCCCCCACCUCCCCCGUCCACAUCGCCGAGUUCAAGGCCUACCAGCGGCCCAAAGAGACCGGCGACUGUCUGCCGCAGCUCAUCGAGGAGUACGUGCUGGAGACCGAUAUGCCUGCGCGCGAGAAGAGCGAGCUGCCGCGCGUGUACCACAUCAAGCUGUCGAUCCUGCAGCGGCCGUCCAACUCGGAGUACCUGGGCGAGCUGUACUUGGACAGGGACCACAGGAAGGGGGAGGAGAACGGGGUGGCGUGCCGGUUCUCGCUGGGGUCGAGGGCGAACGCCAACAGGUACAUUCACCAGUUCACGGAGAUUUUCACGGAGAGCGGCAGGAAAUCGGUGCGCAUCCAGUACGGCCUGAGCCCCAGCUACAAGGAGCGCGUCGCGAUAGCGCAGGCGCAACACCAGCAGCAGCAGCAGCAGCAGGCGCAGAACGGCGCGUCGGCGAGCCUGCCGCAGCAGCACCUGCAGCAGCUAAGCCAGAGCCUGCAGGGUACGGCGCAGGGCGGUCGUGGGCAGCCGGGGGCGGUCAAUGGGAGCGUGGGAGGGGCGGUGGUGCUGCAGGGGCAGGGCCUGCUGUCUUCUAGCGUUCCCAUUUUGAAGAGCCAUUUACAAGGAAGUGUGCAAGUUAAAUCUGCCCAAAAUAUUUCAACACAAGAAUUAGCAAUGAGUGCUCUGACUGAAUUGGAUAACUCUGCCCAACAAUUUCAAGCAGCAGCAAACGCUAAACAGCAACAACUGCAACAACAGCAACAACUGCAGCAGCAGCAGCAACAACAACAAAAAAUAACCGGCAACAACGCCGCCUUGAUAAACUUAUUAAACACUUCGCCCGCCACCAACGUCAACAAUGACGCCGUCAUCAACGCCAUAAACAAUACACCUCUAUUACCUCAGCAAGUGCAAACGUUCAACCAAAAAAUCCUCGCGCGCAAAAUGACGCUGCCGAACAACGCGCGCGUACUGAACCACAGCAACCUUUUGGCCUUGAACAACAACCGCAUCAACCUGCAAGACUCGUCGCAGCCGCAGACCAUCACGUUGGCGUCCGUCAACAACGCCGGCUACGCCAACUUCAAGCAGCAGUUGGGCAGCCAGCGGGCGGAGGGCGGCAAGUCCGCUCUGUCCGCCCUUCUGGUGGGCACGCCCGCCGCCGACAGACCAGACAUCGUCGGCCCGAAUACCAGCUCGCUGCUGCUGGAGAAGCUGGGAGUCGCCCCGAGCGGUGCUCAGGCGCACUUUGGCACCAAGGGCGGGCCGUUUGGGCAGGCGGGGAAGGGCGGCUCGGUGCUGAGUCCGAUGGCGAGUCCGCCGCCGCAGCAGCCGACCGGCAAUACGAUCAACGUGCAGAGUUUGAAUUUCGCGCAGUUGCAGAGCAUUCCGGGGUUGCAGAAUCUGCAGGUGCAGCUGCCCGGGUACGCGCAGCCCAUCUCGCUGUCGUUGAACGUGUCGUCGGCGGGCGGCGCAGUGCCGGGCCACCCGGCCGGGCUGAUCGUAUCGCUGCCCGGGGCAACCGGCGCCGCCCACACCGCGAACAGCGUCGUGCCCACGGCGGGCGGCAAGCCGCAGACGGUCGUGCUGACGAACGCGGGGGCGACCAGUUUGAGUCAGCUAGUGUCCUCCGGCGUGAAGGGCGUCUCCCAGCAGGCGAUCCGGACCGCCCUGACUCCCCAGGCGGUGUCGCUGACUCAGGGCGGGCAGCAGCUGCAGCUCAUCACGCCCUUGCAGCGGCCCAGGGUGCAACAGGUGCAGCAGCCGACCAGCGCGCAAACUCUGACGUCCCGCACGCUCCAAGCCACGCCUAUCACCAUCAAGAUGGCCGCCCCGAACGCAAAUGCUUCUCAAGUAAAUUUACCGUCAAGUUCGGCUAUCGCAAGUCAACUGCAGAAACAAGCUCAGCUACAGCAGUUCCAGCAGAUCUGCUUGAAUCAUCCCAGCGUGUUGGGAAACAUCCGGAGAAGAUCCAACACGUCGGACCCACAGUAACGAUGACUUUCUUUGUGUAGCUUCCUUUUCGUAAGUUAUUAUGUAUGCUAGUCUUUUUUUUAUAUUUCUUAGUGUCCCUGCUGGAAAUACUUCAAGAGAUCUUGAAGGAUUCAUUAUGUUACAUUCCGAAUAAGGAGAUUGUAGGUGGCGCAACCUCUGAAGGAAAGUUCAUGCUGCAGAAAUAAUUAGAUGUUCAACUUUGGAUUCGUCUUUAUUGUAUCAUUAAAUGAUACAAAAAGUAAAUGAUAUGUGAUAAUGAACCAAUCAAUGCAAAGGUUAGCGAUAAAAUGGACUGCUAAUGGUUAGAAUGUACGGAAAUUACGCCAAGAUUGAAUGAAUCCAUAUUUUCAUCGUGGCACCGUGUAUGCCUGCUGUACCUGACGUGAGCAUGAUCCUGAUUUUUUGUGAAUUCUGUAUACCGGGUGUCCCAGAGCUAUUAGGCCAGUAGAUAUCUGGGUUAUAUAACAUAAAAGAAUUCAAGAAAUCGUGGAAUUUAUGGGAGCAAAUGCUCUUCAAAAUGGUGAGAUCAAAUCACUCUUGUAUCAAAGAAUCUACUAGAAACCACCCCUUACGUUGGUUUUUCAAAUUGCACCCCCAUGUUUUUUUCGCUUCAUCUUAUGGAACUUCUCAUUCUCAAUUCGACUAUACAUCACGAUUGAUAUAGCGUUAUUCGCGGGAAUCAAUUUAACCAGGUGGCGCUUCAUCGUUCCAUGUCAAAGCCACAUCAAAACUGGGGGAAAACAAACUUAAUCCUCACUCAAUCUCAUUAGUGCCAUUAGCUUGUGCACUGUGUACUGAUAAGAGUCCUUGACAAGUUUGACAACUACAGCUACAGCAAGAUGUAUGCAAUGUUGUCUAUGCACUUUAUCCAUAGACAACAGUUUGUUUUCCCCCAGUUUGAAGUUCGUAUUAUGUAACCUAGAUGUCGCCCACUUCGUGAAUCUCGCGAAUAGUCAAAAUUAUGAGGAACUUAAUGAUUGUGAAGGUUUGUUAUACUGUUACAGCCAUUUAUUCCUUGAAAAAUAUAAAGUAAAAAGUACCAAAAUAUAAUACCGUCAUUUCAGACAAUCAUUCAAGGAAAAAUCUAUAUUUUUUCAUAAAAAUUAUUGAAAUAAUUCGCUAGUCCGAUAUAUCACUGAAUUGAGAAUGAAAAGUUCUAUAAAAUUAAUGGACAAAAACAUGGGGGUGCUAUUUGAAAAACUAAAGUUAGGAGUGGUUUCUUGGAGAUUGUUUGAUAUGAGGGUGUUUCGAUUUAAUUGUCUUGCAGAGCUUUUGCAUAUAUUUUUCAAAUUUUUUUUGUAUCUUAGAUUACACAGAUAUGUGUUGGAUGGAAUUCUUUAUUACUUCGGCUUGCAGCCAUCUGAUUUUCUCUUGAGUAAUGCUGUAUUAGACAGAGUUGCCACUGCUUGAAAUUUUACAUUUCAUGGGAGCUGACAUUUAUUGUGAAAUGACACAAUGUCAUUGUGUUAUCAGAUAUAAUAAUAAAAUUGGAGACAUACAAUGUACCUCAUUGACUUAUCGAAAAUAGUGAAAUUUUUUAAAUAGCCAUACAAAAACAUAACAUAAUUAGCGACUGUUGGUACCAAAUAGAAUUCCGUCUCAUAGGGGUAACCAAAAUGGCUUUCAGUUCCACUUGUCUUGGCCAACAACAACAAUACGAAUAAAAACUAUUCAGCAUGUGUUUUAAAUACCAUUCAAUGAUAAUGAAUGGUUAUUUUGUUUUGAGUUCAAGCAAUACGGAGGCAACAAUAAAUUAUCACUGCUUGUCAAAUAAAGGGUAACUUUUUUAUCCCAAUGAGACAAUGUACUAAUACAGAGAAACGAAAAUCAUUUCAUCUGAAUGAAAAAUGUAUUCAUUGUGAAAAGCGAAUGAACUUUCUAAGAUUAGAAUGAUCUUCGAGAAAUGGAAAGCACUUGAAGACCUGAUGCACCUUUGUUUUGAAAUAAUUCAGAAUAAAGUAAGUAUUUAAGGGAUAAUCUCUGGGUUUCUUUACCUAGAGAAACCAAGAACAAAGUCCAAUACUUUCCUUCUCUCCCUAUCCUCCCUAGGUACGCACGAUGUUACGUUAACAUAAUAGGGAUUUCUUUUCGUGCGAUCUGAAAUAUUGAAAAAAAGACUGUUUGAGUCUAAGUCCUCACAUUCUUCAUUCUGGUCUUAAAGAAAAUUUGAAUAACAUUUUGAGAAACUUCUUUAUCUAUUUAGAAUCUUGAAAUUCAUCUCAUUAGUUGAUAUUGUCUUCUGUGAACGACAAUUCGCCAAAUAUAUUCUAUUGAGAUAUUUCCAGUAAGGAUAAUUGAAACAUGUACUUCAUUAACAGGAAACUGCCGUCUGUUGUGGUGUUUGAACUAUUUUUUUUUUCAACAAAUUUCUAUGCACGAUACGCCUCAUAACCCGUCGUUUUUCAUGAUAUUGUUUCAGGCUAUUCGAAAAAUUUUAAAUUUUGAUUUGUUUCCUGUAAAAAUACAUCACAUGUGUGAACAUCACAAUCAUAUGAUGAAUAUGGAUUUAAACAAAUAGCUCGCUUCUUCUUGAGAUACAAAUUGUUUGCUCAGUAAUUAAUUUUGUCAUGUUAUUUCAAGCUCUUCCAAGUUCUGCUACCAAGGUGGUAGCCCAUAUUUGUUUUAUGUGUUCUGAUGAACUAUGAUCGUUAUUGUUUGCAAGUUUGAGCACCUGGGAUUAUUAACUAAUUUAUAUAAUGUGAAAUUGAGGCAAUAAAAAAAUGGGGGGCAAGAAAAAAAUAUUUGCAACCAUUCCAAAAACAGUAUUCUCUCACCAUACUACAUCUUUCACUAUAUUAUUAUAUCAUCUUCUAUUACCGAGUGCACACUCUGUAGGCAUUUCCCUAACGUAUGAGUUCAAUAAUUACACACGACCCACAACGCUACUUUUUCAAGUUGAUGAGGGAAGAUUUUGUGUUUUGCUAUUUUUUACAGUGUAAUCGGAAAAGUCUCGAAGAAAUGUGACAAAAAAACAGGGUCGCUCAUAACCAAAUGAACCGCGAGUGAGAAAAAUAUCAUGUAAUUGUGAAUACUAAUCAUCAGAAACAUUCUAUUGAGUUCUGAACUACAGUUUCAAUUCUGAGAACCGACUAGGGAAAGUGUGAAAAUCGGUCAUAUUUGAUUGGAUCAUCCGAUAUAUUUCUUGAUAAAAUUUGGUACUAAUUCCUUCGAGAAUUUCUUGGAAUUUAUAAUCAGACUCGUUUUUGAACCCGUCACAAUUGUAUUACUAUUGAAAUUUUGUUUAUAAUGCAUACAUUACUAGAUCAUUAACAUCACUCAACUUGAGACUUGGAAUCAAUUACUUUUUACUGAUUAAAAUUCUUUAAUUUGGGUUGCCUCCCGCCUAGCAAACAUGUAAUAGUCGAGAAACUUAUAAAUUUAAAAAAACUAUAGAUAAUGAAAUGCCAAGACACCUUCUGGGAUCCGAAUGAACGCCUGUGAGAUUGUUGAAUUGCAGCUCGAGCCCUCUCGAUGUUUAAAAGGAGGAAGGAAAGCUCAAAGUCUCUCUCUCUCUCUCGAUGUUUUUUGGGGUAAUGAUAGUAUUCUGAUGAACCUUUCUUAUCGUGGACAUAUUUUUAAUACCGAUUCCGGAAGGUAUGCUGCAUACGGAUGAUCGACAAAUAGGUUGGCAAACAGAAAACACGUUCUUGAACAGAUCAUGUUCAGAAGUUGUUGAUGAUAACUAGUAUUCACUGAAAUAAUCAGAAUUUCAGUAAAUCUGUAUUUGGUCAGGGAAAGCCUGGAAAAGUUGGAGUAUUUUAAAUCAACCAGGUAUAGUGGCAAUCAUUUCGCUUGAUUAUUUGUGAUAUUCUCCUCGUUUUUAUGAAAUAAAAUUAUGAGUGUUGUUUCAAUAUACGUGUAGUAGGAUGAGUUAGAUGAAUGAAUACUCAUAUUUUUCUUUAUAAAAACCAGGAGAGGUCAUUCCAAAUAUUCGAGCAAAAUGAAUGUCCUCAAUUAACCUACAGAAAGUAGUACAUUUCAAAUUCUUCCAUAUUAAUGAAUCCCUGUUGAUCAAACUUGAAACAAUAAUGUUCAAUAGCAGCAAUAUCAGCAGUUAGCAAUAAUAAAAUUCCUAUUGUUUUGUUGAAAUUGAAUAGAGGUUUUUAUGGUAAUUUGACUUCGGUUCCAUCCAAUUUCUCAGUAUUUUUCUAACAAUCAAUGAUAAGCUCACUGAUUCAAAUACGACUAUGAAGAACCGUGGAAUUGUAUAUAGAAAUUUGUUACUUUCUGUGCUGUGUCGUUUUUAAAACGAAUCUCAAAAUUUUCGAACUUCUUUUGAUCAGAAGCAAUUGACAAGAAUAUAAUACUGUUCUUUCUUUAAACUUGCGUGAGUCUACAAUAGAUUGCAAUAAUUACGUCAAGCUUCUAGCUAUACAGAUUGUUUACUCAGUUGUUACACAUAGGGCAUGUGAAUGGCAACAUAGCAAGAGGGACUGAUUCGGCUAUCGUACGUCUGGCAACGUCUGGCCAUCACAGUGAACCAUUCAAAUGCGAAAUGCCAUCCUUUCUUAAUACAUAUAUGUACUUAUGUAUAUACAGUGUGUCUCACUUCGUUGGGCAAGGAUCCUGAAAUUUGCUGGAGCGAGAGAUAUAUCAAAAAUGCACUCUAUGAUAUUAGGAGACAAAAUAGGUUGAAAAUCACUUCGGAUUCG